AUCUCACUGCAAAGUCGCGUCGGGAGUUCCCGGUGCGUGGCUGAGCCCCGCAGCCGAGCCCGGCCGGAGGGUCCCGGAGUCCGGCAGCAGAUCUCCGUCCGAGGGUCCCGGAGCCCCGCCGAACCCCACGUCAAAGCCCCAUCGGAGGGUCCCGGAGCCCGGUCUGGGCAGCCGCUGGCGCCGGAGCCCGCUCGGAGGAGGCUCCCGGAGCCCGCGGGACCCUCGGUGAGCGGCGGUGCCCGGGCGCUCCCGGCCCGGUCCCUCCAUGGACUGAGAUGGCCUCGGAGCUGGCCAUGAGCGGGGAGCUGCCCACGAGCCCCCUCGCCAUCGAGUACGUGAACGAUUUCGACCUGAUGAAGUUCGAGGUGAAGAAGGAGCCGGCGGAGGCGGAGCGGCUGUGCCACCGCCUGCCCGCCGGCUCCCUGUCGUCCACCCCGCUCAGCACGCCCUGCUCCUCCGUGCCUUCCUCGCCCAGCUUCUGCGCUCCCAGCCCCGGCGGGCAGCCGGCCCCCGGCCCCCCGGCUGCCGCGGCCUCUUCCCUGGGCUCCAAACAGCAGCUGGAGGAGCUGUACUGGAUGUCGGGUUACCAGCAUCACCUCAACCCCGAAGCUCUCAACCUGACGCCGGAGGACGCGGUGGAGGCGUUGAUCGGUGCCCCUCACCAUCAUCAUCAUCACCACCAAGGCUACGAGCCCUUCCGACCUCAGCCCUUCGGGGGCGAGGAGCUGCCGCCGGCCGCCCAUCACCAUCCCGGCCACCACCACCAUCAUCAUCACCACCUACGCCUGGAGGACCGGUUCUCCGACGAUCAGCUGGUGAGUAUGUCCGUGCGGGAGCUGAACCGGCAGCUGCGGGGCUUCAGCAAGGAGGAGGUGAUCCGCCUCAAGCAGAAGAGGAGGACCUUGAAGAACCGGGGCUACGCUCAAUCCUGCCGCUACAAGCGGGUCCAGCAACGGCACAUCUUGGAGAACGAGAAAUGCCAGCUGCAGAGCCAGGUGGAGCAGCUCAAGCAGGAGGUGACCCGCUUGGCCAAGGAAAGGGAUCUGUACAAAGAAAAAUACGAGAAGUUGGCCGGCCGGGGCUUCCCGAGGGAGCCCUCCCCAUCCGCCGCCCCAAAAGCCGCCGCCGCUGACUUCUUCAUGUGAGCCGGGCUGGUGGGAUGGGGUGGGAUCCCCUCUUUGUGUUUUGUUUUUUUCCUUUUUUCUUUUUUUUUCCUCAUGCGGGGAGAGCAAACCCGCCGCUUAUAUUUAAACAAAAGGAAAAAAAAAAAUUAUUAAAUCCCACUGAAAUUUUUCGGGUUGGGGAAGUUGAACUCCCUCCCUCCCAGCGCGCACCCACCCGGGGUGGGGGUCCCGGGGUGGGGGAGUGGGGGGCAGCCCUGCAUGCGGGACGUGUACGGCCACCCGCCCCCCCAUUCCCGGGAGCAUCCAGGUGGCUUCUCCCCACUUUUUUUCCUGCGGGUUUUCCCCCUCCACUGGGAUUUUUAUUCUCCGAGGGAUCCCCACGGAUCGGCCGGGGGGGUCCCCGGCAGCGCUGCGCCCUGCCCGGCCCCUCCGCCCACCCCCCCAUUCCCGGCCGGCAAACCUGAGCCACCUUUAACUUAUUCACCCUUGUAAAUAUGUAGAAAAUUAGUUCGUUUUUUGCAUUUUUUUUUCUUUUAUUUCUUUCUUUUUUUUUUUUUUUUUUUUCCUUGAGCCUAUAUUUUGCUUGGUGAUUUACGACAAAAAGAAAACGAACAAAAAAAAGAAAAACCGACAAAAAAACCCUAAAAUCCUUUAGAAAAGAGAAAAAAAAAAUUACACGAGUCUUAAAAAGUUUGUAUGUAAUAGCAUGCAAAUAAUAUCCGAGUUAAUUUAACGAUGUUGGGAAGAAGCCGAAUGCACUAUAUACAGGAAUCGAUUGGGUGAAAUAAUACUGUUUUAUAGAGAUUUAAAAUUAUCUAUGCUCUUAAAAAUAGU